UGCAUAGAAAUAUUUUUGAACAGUGUUAAAGGUCGAGAUAUCAAUCAUAUCAGCGUACUGUAACAGAGAUGGCGCGUGGAUGACGGCUCUUAGGUAUCCCAGGUCGUAAGAAAAUAGGACUUUGCUCGAACGAUAUCAAGGCGUUGUGUUUUUUAAUUAAACAUUCUGUACCUGUUAAUAUUUCUCUCUCUAAAACAGUAAACAGAUGUAAAUGAUUUCUGAGGCUCUAAACUUGUUUGCUGUAACAUGACUUCGUAAUAUCAAUUUAAUUAUGGACAGUAUAAUGGCGAUUGAGAUGUUCUGUUGAGGAAUACAAUUUCACGACAUUUUCGAUCUAGCUUUGUAUAUGUGAGCAUUACGUCAGUCGCCAUUCAGCGAAUGAUUGCUCGCCUUGUACAAAAUGGAGGAAUCUGAGGACAAUAUGAGUGCUGAAGAAAUCAAGUUUGGUGAUGUCCCCAUCAAAGUUAAGCCAAAAAAGAGGUCACUUGUAGAAAGAGAACUGGAAACAAGUUUAACAGCGCGAGUUACAUCGCCUUUAACAAAUGGGGAUGCAACAACUACCAGUCGUUAUGGUAGAGCUCGUCGAAUUAAAUCUAGUUCUGAGUUCUGCGACUUGGAAAAAAGUGCACCUAAACUUCACAAGUCUCCCAAACUUGACAAGUCACCCAGCAAAGUACAGUCACCUGCAUAUAAAAUGCAUGCCUCAAACUCUCCUGUCAGAAUCGAAACUCCAAAGCGAGAUUCAUCUUUGGAAAAUCAAAUCGAGAAUAUCUUUAAUGAAAAUAUUUCAUUGAGUCGUUUCGGUUCUGAGGAGAAAGCUUGUAAGUCGGCAUCGAAAAAAUUUCCUAAAGUCUAUAUAAGAAAGGAUCUGAUACAAAGCAAAGACAAGGAGGAUGACACUGUUGUUCUCAUAAAAAAUAUAUUUUCUCCGUCAAAGAGUGCAACAAAGUCUAACACUCAUUUAUCCAACUACUUAGAGAGGUCUUCUGAAAAGUAUAAUAUGAAAGAGAAAUCUUCUGUUAAGUAUAACAUGAAACAGAAUUCUUCUGACAUGAAACAGAAUUCUUCUGAAAAGUAUAAUUUGAAAGAUAGGUCUACUGAAAAGUAUAAUAUGAGAAAACCAAUAAAUGGGUAUAUGAAUACAUCUUCUGUUGUGAAAACUCUAGACUUUGAUAGUAAAAAGAAGAGAAAAGAAGAGAAAAAGACUGUUUUGUCGAAAAGCGAGUUGUUUGAUUUAGAAGCACAAUGUGAGUAUCAAGUUGGAGACUUGGCAUGGGCAAGAAUGGGGACUUAUCCGUUUUGGCCUUGCAUCAUUACCCGAGACCCACUGAGUGGAAUGUUUGUUAAAAAGAAAUUGUUUGGACGUAUAGAAAGGGAUGUGCUUCAUGUCACAUUCUUCGGAGACAACGGACGCCGCGGCUGGAUCGUGGGCACUAUGCUUCGCAAGUUUCUUGGUCAAACGGAGUUCGAAGCUGCAAGGGCAAAUUUUCCACCUGAGGCUAAGAAAAAGGAUCCCAGAUUGCAUGCUGCAUUUUUUAUUUCAGAGAAAAAAAUGUCACAAUGGCAGAUUUCUGUCGACGAAGCAGAAAUGUUGCUGAAAGAGCCAAAAAGAUUAAGAAUCGACAUUUUAAAUGACAUGCUUCAAAAUGUUAAAGAAAUAAGAACUACCCCAAAACAUGAGAAAAGCAAGACAAUCGUAAGAACAAAUAGUGAUGUGUCUCUAAGUGAGAGUUUGCUAGAUACAUUGUUUUCUGAAGAUGACUCCAAAGGAAAUGAUGCAGACAGAUCCAGAAGCAAGAGCAGGAAUAGGUCUUUUGAUGUUUCUGAGGUUGUCACGGCUUGUCUCGAUAACAUGGCAGCCAAGACUGGCAUUACUAAGAUUCAAAGGCAAUCUCAUAUGGAUAGGUGGCUGCAAAAAGCGAAAUCAAAAACCCCAGAAAAAUCUCAUCUCAGAUCUCUGUCUCUUAAAAUAGAGAAAGAUAGUAAAGUAAGUAAUACUGCCAAAUUUAAAAGAAAGGUGCCCAAAAAAUCUACACCUAACAAACCUUAUAAUUUUAGAAAAAUCGUCACUGAAUCUCAAUCUGAAUAUAAACUUUUGUCACAUCAAAAUGAACACGAUUAUAGCCUAAGUGCCCGCGAGAUUAAUGAACCUAUACUUUUGGACGACAUUGAAAUUGAAUACGAAAACGCUGAAAUGCUUACAAGUGAUGUUAUAGAACCAGGAUCAGGUUUAGGUGUUAUUUUUAAAGUUGAAACGCUUUUUGGUAAAGAACAAGCUGACAUCAGUAAUCAAAAUGACGUAAUUAUGACAGUCAUUAAUGACGCAUUUACUAUAAGUGACGCAAAUGAUAUUCAAAAUGUGGAAGUCGAAAAUCAAAUUUGUAUGCAAAACGGUCAUGGACUUUCAGAUGUAGAUCGUGAAUUAGUACUUGAAAAAGGGAAUGAUGAACACACAAAUGAAUCCGUAGUCAUGGAAACAAAUAACAUAAAUGAACUCAAGUUAAUUGAGACUAUUGAAUCAAAAGAUACUGGAAAAUACGAAAAUAAUGUGGCAUUAUCCAUCAAGGACUCUGAUGUAGUAACACUGAAGGAUUCAGAUGGCACAGACAACCAAAAUAUGGAUGCACGUGAAUUAAACACACAAACAACAAAUAAUAUAAGCGAUAAUGAUGUAGUCACAAUCGUUGAUCAUAAUAACACCUUAAUGCACGUAGAAAUACAGUCUGGAACUGCAACAGACGAACAAAGUGGUUUCGAAAGCAACGUACAAGACACAAAAUCUAAAAUAGAUAAAGAGACCCAUUUGCAUAAUGGAAAUGAACUGACUAAAAGUUUAACCCCUGAUAUUAUUUCAAAUAGCUUUGAUAAAAACAUCUUUGGAAAGGCAAACCCAGAAAAAGACAGUGUCCUGUUAGAAAAUAUGUCUCAGAAUAACGUGUUAGAGUCAAACAUUCGUAAUGAAGUCAAUAAACUGCCAAAUAUUAUUACCUUAAAGGACGAUGGUAUCGAAGAUUUUCCUGACGUAUCCAUUAAAAUCGUGGAUAAAGACACUUUAACACAGCCAAGCGUUAUGAAAGAAAAACUACUUCAGAAUAAAGAGCUAGAUUUAAAUAAUUGUGGCGAAAACAAAACAACUAACUUAAAUACACAAAGCCCAGAGAAGUUCGAUGUUCUGAGCAUGAAGGAAUACGUUGAUGACGGGAUUGAAGAUUUUCCUGACAUAUCUAAAAAUACUCGGGAAAAUACAACAGAAUACACAACCCCGAAUUUAUUUCUAAACGAGUUAAAUUCAAAUACUAGCACUAAAAGCAAGACAACUGAUUUGAGUACACAAAACCUAGAAGUACCAUAUGUUGUAAAUGUGAACGAAUAUGUUGACGAUGGGAUUGAGGAAGACUUUCCUUCAGAACCUGAAAAUCCAAAACAACUGACUAUAACCAAGGAAAGUUUACUUUCAAAUAAAAAAAACAAAUCAAACUCCAAAACUGGUUUGAGUACAGUAAGUUCUGAGGUGUCAAAUUUUGUAACUUUGAAGAAGUAUGCCAAAGAAAUAAUUGAAGUUUUACCUAACAAAUCCACAAAUAUCUUAGAUAAAAGCAAUUUAGAACAGAUAGCUCCAGACAAACAAACUGUAACAAAAGAUAAUUUAGCUCUAAAUAAAGAGUUAAAUUCAAACAAUAGCACUGGGAGUAAAUUAACUAGUUUUAUCUCAUGCUCAGAGGUGUCAAAUAUUGUAAAUUUAAAAGAAUAUAUAGAUGAUGGGAUAAAAGAUUUUUCUGAUUUACCCAAAAAUAUCAACGAAAAACCACUGACAGAACACGUAACCCCAAAUAAAGAAACUAUUAUUAAAGUGAAUAAAGAGUUUAAGUCAAAAUCUAGUUCUGAAAACAGACCUACUAGUCCGAGUACUCGAAGCUUGGAAAUACCAAACUUUGGAAACUUAAAGAAAAGUGCUGAUCAUGGGAUUGAAGAUUUUCCUGAGGUAUCCAAAAAUAUCAAAGAAAAACCACUGACCGCUCACAGAACCCCAAAUAAAGCAACUAUUAUCAAAAUGAAUAAAAAUCUUAACUCAAUAUCUAGUGCUGAAAACAAACCAACUAGUUCAGGUACUCGAAGCUUGAAAGUGUCAAACUUUGUGAACUUGAAGGAAUAUGCUGAUGAUGGGAUUGAAGAUUUUCCUGACAUAUCUAAAAAUAUUGUAGAAAAACCAGUGCCGGAACACGGAACCCCAAAUAAAGGAACUAUUACUAAAAUUAAUAAAGACCUUAACUCAAAAUCUAGGGCUGAAAACAAAUCAACUAGUUUGAGUACUCGAAGAUUAAAAGGGUCAAAGUUUGUGGACUUAAAGGAAUGUACUGAUAAUGGGAUUGAAGAUUUUUCUAACACAUCCAAAAUUAAUGUAGAAAAAACCACAGAACAGGUAUACAAAGAUAAUGUGGUGAAGAAAAAUUUACUUCAAAACAAAGAGCUAGAAUCAAACAGUUCAAACAUCAAAUACAAAACUGCUAAUCGCAGUAUAAAAAGUACGAAAGUGUCAAAUGUUAUUAACUCAAAAAAAUAUGUUGAUGAACAUAAAGAUUUUCCUGACGUGCCUACAAGAAACGGUGGAAAAAAUCUGAUUUUGGAAUCAAAGAGUUUACGGCAAAAUGACCGCGAACUUAAAGAGUUUGAAACUCAAUUGUAUAAUAUUUUUGGCUUAUCGAAUAAAAAAUCACCAAUAUCUAAUUCAAAUUUAUCCUUAAAUAAGUCUUGUAAUUUUUUAAAUUCAACUGACGUAGUUAAAACUAUAGAUAAAGUUAUCCUAAUUGAUUCUGAUGAUGAACCGGAAUGUACGCAAAAAAACGCAAACAAAAAAGUUAUUUUUGGCAGUAAAAAUGAGAACGCAUUGGUUAAUGUAAUAGAAAUAGGAUCGGCAGAAAGAGAAACAUGCACACAAAAAGAGCAAAGCAAGGAUGUCUUAGUAAACAUAAAAAAUGAACUUAUGACUAAAGAAAAAUCUUCAUUGCAAAAUUUGGUCAGUAUAACUGAAAAUAAUGCUACAAAAGAGACUAAAAGCCAAUAUGUGGAUAAAGAUAACUUGUCUGUAGAAACCCAAAAGAAAAAUGCAUCAAAUAACACAAAAGAGUCUGCCGUCGAAAGUGAUACUGAGAAAGAAUUAAUAAUUGUUGAUAUUGCAGAAACUAGCAUAGAUGAAGACGAUAAUGAAAGUGUACAAAUAAACGCAGUAAGUCCUGAAGUUAAUGAAACAUCGCUACAAACAAUUUUAUCUACUGACCAUAAAUUGUCUUAUGACACUAGAGAAUAUCUAAAAAAUCCGGAUUUCAUAAAAUAUUUAGAACUAAGAUUAGACGCGUUAAUGGACGAGCAACCCGAGCUCACUGAACUGGAAGUAACGGAUUAUCUGUAUAAAACCUGGUUGUAUCAAGAGAGUUUGAAAACUGAUGAUACUAUCAAGAAAACGGAUGAUACUGAGAAGAAACCUGAUGAUACACAAAAUACUGGACUUGUGAAUGGUACGAAGCAUAGUCCUAUCAAAAUCAAGCUAUCUCUUAAUAAAUCAAGUAAAAAGAAUAGAAAAUCUUAUAAGGUCCAAAUAACAAAUGACAAUGAAAAUAAUGGCAAUCCCUCUGUUAGUAUAUUUGAUGAGAAAAUUAAAACUGAUUCAAAUAAUAUAAAUAUAAACAAAAAAGACAACUGUGUAAAUCAGACAAAAUCAUCGCCAAAAAGAAGUAAACGUAUCAAACGAAAUAAUAAUUAUAGUUUUCAACAAUAUUUUCUUAGCAGUGUUAAAAAGGACAGUUUUAGUAAUAACAUUCUCGAAUUGAUACCAAAAGAAUGUAAUGUAGAUGAAAAAGAUAAUUGUCAGAUUAAAAUAGAAAUUGAUGGUAAAAAAGAUGACACUUGUAAAGAAGCCACGGUUUCAAGUAAAUCGCCAAUACAAAAUGGUUUUAAAAAUGUUCAGAUUGAUAAAAAAUUACAUUCCUUUAACAAGACUAACUGUGUUGAAAAACUGUCGCCAAAAAUAGGCGAUCUUACAACAGAAAAUGUUGGUCACGAAGGUGAACCAAAUCCAAGAAGAGUCUCUUCAGAUGGUUGUGAUGCUGAGGGAUUGCUAGCAGCUCACCAGCUACAAAUAACGAUUUCCAAAAACCAAUCUGCUUGUAUUGCAGAUGGUGACAUAAUCAUGAACAACACUACAGACGUAAAAGAAGAAGCAGGAGAGAGCGACACAGAUAAUAAAUCAGUAAAAUCAGAAAAUAAUGAAUUAUGUGCCAAAGAUAAACUGUCGUCUGACACAAAAAAACCUUUAGAAGAACCAGAAUUUUUACAAUAUUUAGAAUUACAACAAGACACGCUAGCCGAUGAACACCCUGAGCUAACUGAAGAAGAAAUAAGAAAUUAUCUGUAUAAUACAUGGUUAUAUGAAGAAAAGUUGAAGGACGAUAUUAAAAAAGCGGACGGUAUUGAACCUGUUACCAAUUUAGUCAGAAGUCCAAAGUUAAAAGAUGUCGCACCAGGCAAAAGAGCUCGCAAAAAGAAAGUCGAAAAAGAUAAACAGAUAGACUUCAGUAUAAAUUCUGAGGAUAUGACGCGCAAAGAAAAGUCUAAGCGGAAGAUUAUAAAACCAUAUUUUUACAGAGAAAAUUUUUCUGAUAUAGAAGAUGACAUUGAAUUUUUUGAAAUAUUCAAGCCAACAUCCAAAACACCAACACCGGUUUCAGCUUUAACGGAAACUAUCAAUGCCGAGGGAACUGAAGAGCAAAGUUCAGACAUUGAAAUGACUGACGUAGAGGUAGAGUUUGCGGCAACUGAAAUAGAUGAAGUAGAGGAAUAUUUUAGACAGCUGACUGUUCCAAAGCCAAAUUUAUUUAAAGGUUUACUAAGAGAAAAAGUUUGUGAAAUUUGUGAAAAAGUCGACAAUCUUAUAAAAUGCAAGGGUUGCCAUUGCAUGUUCCAUGUUGACUGCGUGAGAAAAAAGCCUGAAGUUGUCGAAGCGGUGACAACGGUUCGAGGUAGAAAGAAGAAGAGAAAAUCUAGAGGUAGAAAGGCGAAAGAGCAUUCUAACAGCCUAGAUUCCGAGUGCCAAAGUGACGAGAGAUCGCAAGACCUCAACGCAUCUGACGAAGCUCAUAACACGUCUAUAGAAAACGAAGCAGAACCUAUUGUGAUAGGGAAUGCUGAUGAUUUCGAAGCUCAGCUGGUUGUGAAAAUGAAGGAACUCCUUGACAACCCCGAAAGCAAGGAAUACGAGUCGUUUUCUAGCGCAGACGAACUGGAUUGGGAUGACAUUGACUAUGGCGAAUGUAAGAUUGUGGACGUGUUGCCUCGUAAGAAAGACCGCGAAGUCGACAUCGAUCAUGCUAAUUUUAAGUGCAGCAACUGUGAGAAAUACGACAGUCCGGUUUGCUUCGUUUGUAAAUCAGCGGUGUCUCCGAAAGAUAAGGCGGAGCAUAGACAAAAGUGUCAAGUUGCACAUUGUCAUAAGUACUAUCAUUUGGAGUGUUUGGACCAUUGGCCACAGACUCAGUUCGUCGCUGGAGAGCUUUCGAGAAUAAACAACAGCAGUCAGUUAGUUGAGGCGUUGACUUGCCCGCGUCACGUUUGCCACACGUGCGUGUGUGAUGACCCUCGAGGGUGCAAGACUAGGUUCAGUGGGGACAAGCUGGCUCGAUGUGUGAGGUGUCCCGCUACGUACCACACCUUCACGAAAUGUCUUCCAGCGGGCACUCAAAUAUUGACUGCUUCACAUAUUAUAUGCCCGCGUCAUUAUGAUCACAGGCCGGGCAAAGUGCCGUGCCACGUGAAUACGGGUUGGUGCUUCAUAUGUGCGCUGGGCGGCACGCUGAUAUGCUGCGAGUACUGCCCCACGUCCUUCCACGCCGAGUGCCUUAACAUAGACCCGCCUGAAGGUGGUUAUAUGUGUGAAGACUGCGAGACAGGAAGAUUGCCAUUAUAUGGGGAGAUGGUUUGGGUUAAACUAGGACAUUACAGAUGGUGGCCGGGCAUGAUCCUGCACCCCUCAGAGAUCCCGCAGAACAUUCUGGCUGUGAAACAUUCGCAGGGCGAAUUUGUGGUUCGAUUCUUCGGGCAGUAUGACUAUUAUUGGGUGAAUAGAGGACGGGUGUUUCCUUUCCAAGAAGGGGACUCAGGCAGAAUAUCGACCCAAAGAACCAAAAUAGACGCCGCUUUCACUAUGGCGAUAGAACACGCGCAAAGGGCUUGUGAAAUAUUAAAAACUGCGUCACCAAAUGAUGAAGAAUCGAUGGACAUAGCGUCUUCGCUUCUACCACCACACUACGUGAAGUUGAAAGUGAACAAGCCUUGCGGGUCGCUGUGCGGGAAGAGGAUAGAUAUAGAGGAGAGCUCGCUCACACAGUGCGAGUGUGACCCCAACGAGCUAGACCCCUGCGGCCCCUACACACAGUGUCUUAACAGGAUGUUACUAACAGAAUGCGGUCCAACGUGUCGCGCUGGUGACCGAUGCAAUAAUCGUGCUUUCGAGAAACGCCUUUACCCUAAAUUGACACCGUAUAGGACACCACAUAGGGGGUGGGGGUUGAAAACCCUUGAAGAUAUUAAAGCAGGUCAAUUCGUAAUAGAGUACGUGGGAGAGUUGAUCGAUGAAGAGGAGUUCCGGCGGCGCAUGCGCAGGAAACACGAGGUGCGCGACGAGAACUUCUACUACCUCACGCUGGACAAGGAGCGCAUGAUCGACGCCGGGCCCAAGGGGAACCUCGCGAGGUUUAUGAACCAUUCGUGCGAGCCAAAUUGUGAAACUCAGAAGUGGACUGUUUUGGGGGACGUUCGUGUUGGGCUUUUUGCACUCUAUGAUAUACCUGCUAAUAGUGAACUAACAUUCAAUUAUAACUUGGAAUCGACGGGUAUUGAGAAAAAGCAGUGUAUGUGCGGCGCCAAACGAUGCUCGGGUUACAUUGGAGAGAAACCUAAACAGGACGACCAACCAAAGAAAAACAAACCAGGACUACCAACCAAACGCACUUACAAGAAGCGAAAAAAUGUAGAAAUAUCACCAUCACCCAAACCAAAACAGCGAGUCCCCAGGCCGUACAAACCUAGAGAGCUAACCGAAAUCGAGAAAGAUCUACUAAUAAUCAAAAGUGCCACCAACGGUGUCUCAAGUGAUUCUGAAUCCAGUAGGCUGAGCAUUGAUAGUAAAGAUUCUAGGAGUAUGAAACGAAAAAGAACAGAAGAUUCUUUGUCACCAAGUACCAAGAAAACCAAGACUGAUAAACUACUAGAAGUCACACAAGAUAGUGAUGCCAAGUAUCAAGAGGUUUUGACUGAGAAAAUAAGUAUUUAAGAUCUGCUGAAAAUCGUGUAUCAAGAUUAUUAUUAUUGAUUAAUUAUUAUAACUAAGAUUUUUUCACAUUGUAGUACUGAAUUCUUAAACACUACUUAGGUUUAUCGAAAUCAUGUUGAAAAAAAUUGUUACCAAAUGUCAUGAAAUAUUACAAACAGAAUAAAAUUUUUAGUUUAAUCACUUUUCAUCAUACUUUUUGAGAACUCACUUUUACUCUAUACGUCAACUGUCAUGUCAAAAUAUGAUUUUUGUCCUUAAGGUGGAUGCGACGGGUCUGCCCGCGAAAUUAGCAACCAAUUAAUCUCACAAAUUAGUUGAUACUAGAGCUAAUUUCUUAAACUGGACCCUUUCAAGUAA